AUGGCUGUGGAUGUCGCUCAUCGUAUUGGGAAGAAGCAAGAUGCCUUCGGCAGCAGCUCAAUCAUCAUCCAGUUUGCUUUCCGCACAGCGAGAGAUGCAGAGGAAAGCGCCUUUCUGAAAGAGAGAACAUUUAUAUUCGGACUGGGUGUGGACAUCGGAUCCACUCUGAUAACCACUGGAUUAGGACUGGGUGUGGACAUAGGAUCCACUCUGAUAACCACUGGAUCAGGACUGGGUGUGGACAUCGGAUCCACUCUGAUAACCACUGGAUUAGGACUGGGUGUGGACAUCGGAUCCACUCUGAUAACCACUGGAUUAGGACUGGGUGUGGACAUCGGAUCAACUCUGAUAACCACUGGAUUAGGACUGGGUGUGGACAUAGGAUCCACUCUGAUAACCACUGGAUUAGGACUGGGUGUGGACAUCGGAUCCACUCUGAUAACCACUGGAUUAGGACUGGGUGUGGACAUCGGAUCCACUCUGAUAACCACUGGAUUAGGACUGGGUGUGUACAUAGGAUCCACUCUGAUAACCACUGGAUUAGGACUGGGUGUGGACAUCGGAUCCACUCUGAUAACCACUGGAUUAGGACUGGGUGUGGACAUCAGAUCCACUCUGAUAACCACUGGAUUAGGACUGGGUGUGGACAUCGGAUCCACUCUGAUAACCACUGGAUUAGGACUGGGUGUGGACAUCGGAUCCACUCUGAUAACCACUGGAUUAGGACUGGGUGUGGACAUCGGAUCCACUCUGAUAACCACUGGAUUAGGACUGGGUGUGGACAUAGGAUCCACUCUGAUAACCAUUGGAUUAGGACUGGGUGCGGACAUAGGAUCCACUCUGAUAACCACUGGAUUAGGACUGGGUGUGGACAUCGGAUCCACUCUGAUAACCACUGGAUUAGGACUGGGUGUGGACAUAGGAUCCACUCUGAUAACCACUGGAUUAGAGAGAGGAUGGAACCUGCAGCAAGUAGAUGAGCCAGCCGGUUCAGCCUUCAGCCCAGAGGGAGAGAGAUUCCAGUCGGGAGGAUACCCCUUCAGAGCCCCCAUAGACCUUGAUGUCACCCCCAGGAUCACUGUGACUACCAGCGGUCUGUUGGGCUGCAGGCGUUUCCAGUCCUCAGUAGUGAACUACAGUACUCUGCUACUAGAGGAGGACAGGGCUCUUCUCUACGUGGGGGCCCGAGGGGCCGUGUUCGCUCUCAACGCCACAGACAUCUCAGACAGCACAGCUCGCACUAUUGAAUGGGAAGCCUCGAAGGAGCAGAAGCAGCAGUGUCUGAACAAAGGGAAAGACGAUAAGACAGAGUGUUAUAACCACAUCAGGUUUCUCCAGAGAUUUAAUUCCACUCAUCUCUACAUGUGUGGGACUCACGCCUUCAGACCUCUUUGUGCGUACAUAGAUGAGGAGAGGUUUAAAGUGUCGUCUGAGUUUGAGGAGGGUAGAGAGAAGUGUCCGUAUGGACCUGCAACAGGCUACACUGGCUUCAUCGUGGACCAACAGAUGUACACAGCGUCUCAGUAUGAGUUCCGGUGCUCUCCGGACAUCCGACGUAACGACCCCUAUCCCAUGGUGAGGACAGAGGAGGCACCCACACGCUGGUUUCAUGAGGCUGACUUUGUGGGCAGUGCCCUGGUGAGGGAGAGUGAGGGCAGUACUACCGGAGAUGACGAUAAAAUCUACUACUUCUUUACCGAGAAGAGCCAGGAGCAGACACCAUACUACAGCCACAUUAGAGUGCCACGAGUUGGACGAGUCUGUAAGGGAGAUAGAGGAGGUCUGUUGACCCUCCAGAAGAGGUGGACAUCAUUCCUAAAGGCCACACUGGUGUGUUCGCUGCCAGAAUACAACUUACACUUCAACGUGUUGAGGAGUAUUUACACGCUGCCGGGACACACACCUCACGACACACUCUUCUACGGCGUCUUCGGUCCCGAGUGGAAGAACGUGAAGAUAUCAGCAGUGUGCCGGUUCUCUCUGUCUGAGGUCCAACGGGUCUUUGACGGGCCCUACAUGGAGAAUCAGGACUCUGGAGCCAAGUGGAGCGAGUACACUGGAAAGGUCCCUGACCCACGACCUGGAUCAUGUAUUACAGACCAGUUGAGAUCCAGAGGUAUAAACUUCUCCACCUCCCUGCCAGACGACGUGUUGAACUUUGUGAGGAGACACCCUCUGAUGUCCCAGCAAGUCAUGUCUACAGAGCAGCGCCCCCUGUUGUUCAGGAGGACAACAGACUACACCCAGCUGGUGGCUCACAGGGUGGAGGGGCUGGACAGGCAGAACUACCAUUUACUGUUCAUGGGCACAGACGAUGGCUGGCUGCACAGAGCUGUAGAGGUCAAGGGUCAUCUACACAUUAUAGAGGAGCUACAGCUGUUUGACCAACCACAGCGUGUGGAUAGCCUGGUUAUUUCACAUACACAGAUGAGUGUGUAUGUAGGUUCUCCCUCUGGUGUGGUCCAGCUACCUCUCUCCACCUGCAAUAGGUACAAUUCCUGUUACGACUGUAUCUUCUCCCGGGACCCUUACUGUGGCUGGGAUGGACAGGACUGUUUGGAUAUCACAGCACAGAUUGACAGGUCUAACCUGACCCAGGACGUCCUGUAUGGGAACAGAGGAUGUGACAACGAGCCGAUCCAGCACCGGAGCCGGUCUGUAAUGGUGGGAGAUGACGUCCUGCUCCAGUGUGAAAUUAGCUCCAAUCUGGCAACCCCAGUGUGGACUCUAGACGGGUCAGAGCUGCAGGGCUACGGCCUGGACUCUGGCUUCAGGGUGGGCACCGAUGGCCUCCUGGUCAUCGAGUCCCAACCAGAGCAGAGCGGCGAGUACACCUGCCACGCCCUCGAGAACGGCGUCCAGGUUGCUGUGGUUAAGUUCUCUGUGACGGUACGUGUAGACAUACCACACCCCCAUCCCCCACCCGUCGACCCAUCCCAAGACCAUCCCUACUACCCACCUCCUCCACCCCUCACCCCACUCUUCCACCCCUCGCCCCCCUCCUCUGAGAGGCCCCUGCCACCCUCUGCCUCAGCCCCUCUCCCCCCCACCUCAGAGCUGUCACCCUCUGCCCCGGCCCCUCUCCCCCCCACCUCGGAGCUGCUCUCCCCCAGGAGCAUGGAGGCUAUGUACCUGUCUCUGAUCACCAUCCUAGGAGGUCUGUGUCUGGUUCUCACCGUGGUCCUCCUCUACCUGGGCUUCUGUCUGCGGGGCAGCCACAGGGGGAAGUACAAUCUCCGCGCUGCCGCCGCCGCAGCCGCCUCUGCCAAUCACACGGACAGGAAGAGGAAACACAGGAAGCAGCAGCAGAAACACCACAGUAGCUCCGCACACCUGGAUCUCAAGACCAUCUCCAGCCACUGUAAUGGGAACGGGAUCUGUAACGGUAACGGCGUCUCCAAACAACCGGGGAACGGUGACACGCACAAAGGGGGCUUCCUCCAGAUCGUCCCGAGAGAGGGCCAGUCGUCCCCCAACAAGGACCCCCCUCCCCCUGCCCCUCCUCUCCCCCCCCUGCCCCCUCAGACCCCCCACACCCCCCUCAACCAAUCAGAGUGUGACUUGCAAGACUUCCCCAGCCCCAACGGCCUAUCGGCGACGUUACCCAGCGUCUUGCGGAGGAUGCAUGGUAACAGCUACAUGUUGUUAAGACAGAGUGAGGCGGAGAGCAGCUCCCCUCUCUGCCGCUCCUUCACUGAGGAACUCAACACGAUCCUGGAGAAGAGGAAGCACACGCAGCUGCUGCCAAAACCGAAUGAGAGCUCUCUGUAG